GAGUCAGUGAUAGUCCUUCCCGCACUCGGCUUGCAAUUUGAAACACAUCGAGGGUACCCUCCAAUGCCGUUAUUCGCGCAUCGCCGUUUCGUUCCACUCGCGUCACUCCAGGACUUCAUCAUAAACGAAGGGCUGUGGGGCUGGAAUGUGCGCUACUACCUGGCUGCCAUUCAUUAUUCUCAGCAAGAUACCCUCAGUCUCCGUGUGGCUUAUGAGAACCUGCUACCUCGUUUCCCGGUCAUUCUGGAAGUCUAUCGCGGAGUACACGAGAUGCUGAACAGACAUUGCUCCUAA